AUGACAGUGGCCAUGCUCAUGGAAAACACCCUACUGAGUGCCAUAAGACACAACGAGAAGGCCAGGUCGCGCUCCAUCAAGCCCUUGAAACUCAAUCGACUCGACAAUGUACCCAGUGAUAUCGAAGUAGCCAUGGCGCACACUCCGAAGAACGUAGCCACACUCGCCAAUGAAAUCGGCGUCUUGGACUCCGAGUUAGAACUCUAUGGCAAAUCAAAGGCGAAAAUUAACCUCGACAUCCUCGACAGGCUUGCCCACCGCAAGGAUGGAAAAUAUGUCGUGGUUGCUGGUAUUACUCCCACUCCUCUAGGAGAAGGUAAAUCUACCACUGCCAUCGGCUUGGUUCAAGCCCUGAGCGCCCAUCUUGGUAAAAUCAGUUUUGCAACUGUUCGACAACCUUCCCAGGGACCAACCUUUGGAAUCAAAGGUGGUGCGGCUGGUGGUGGAUACAGUCAAGUCAUUCCCAUGGACGAGUUCAAUUUACAUCUGACUGGUGACAUUCAUGCUACCACGGCCGCUAACAACCUGCUAGCUGCCGCCAUUGAUGCCCGUUACUUCCACGAGUCAACACAAAGUGACACGGCCCUCUUCAACCGUCUAUGCCCCGCAAUCAAAGGCAAAAGACGCUUUGCACCAAUCAUGCUUCGCCGUUUGAAAAAACUGGGCAUUGACACCAACAAGACCCCCGAAGAGCUCACUGAAGAGGAGCGCUCCCGAUUUGUCAGACUGGACAUUGAUCCCCAGAAAAUCACUUGGCAUCGAGUAGUCGACACCAACGAUCGUUUCCUACGGAACAUUACGAUUGGACAAGGACCUGCUGAACAAGGCCGAGAGUUAAAGACCGGCUAUGACAUUGCUGUAGCCUCGGAAUGCAUGGCUGUUCUUGCCCUUAGUAACGACCUUGCCGACAUGAGGGAAAGGCUGGGUCGCAUGGUCGUUGCCGAUAGCAAAAGUGGGGAGCCCAUCACCGCGGAUGAUAUCGGUUGCGCCGGAACUGGAUUCUCAUCAGAGAUUCUGCCUGCUCCUGUGACUUUCAGGGAACUCCGGUGUUUGUCAUGCUGGACCCUUCGCCAACAUCGCCCAUGGAAUACUCCUCAUCUCGCCGACAAGAUUGCUCUGAAACUUGCUGGAAUUGAAGAAGGGGAGAGCGAAAGUGACUACGGCUACGUUGUCACCGAGGCCGGAUUUGGAGCUGAUAUUGGAAUGGAGAAAUUCUGUAACAUCAAAUGCCGAAUCUCCGGCUUGAAGCCCAAUGCCGUCGUCUUGGUGGCCACAAUUCGGGCCCUCAAGAUGCACGGUGGAGGUCCAGAAGUGACUCCAGGCAAACCUUUGGCUGAUGUAUACUUGGAGGAAAAUCUUGAAAUCCUCGAGAAGGGUUGUUCCAACUUGGCCAAGCACAUCGAAAACGCCCGAUCGAUGGGCAUCAAUGUCGUCGUCGCGGUCAAUCGAUUCACAUCGGAUACCCCAGCGGAACUUGCUCUGGUUGAGCGAGUGGCCAAGGCGGCGGGAGCUCAUUCGGCAGUAGCUUGCAACCACUGGGCCAUGGGAGGCGAAGGUGCAGUCGAUCUUGCCCAGGCUUUGAUUGCCGCAUGCGAGGGACCAUCGAACGAGAGUUUCAAGUUCCUCUACGAUCUCAACCAGCCCUUGAAGGCUAAGAUUGAGAAGAUUGCCGUGGAGAUGUAUGGGGCUCAGGGCGUCAGUUACAGCGAAGAGGCCGAAAGUCAGAUUGCGGCGUACGAGAAGCAAGGCUUCGGAGGGUUCCCCAUUUGCAUGGCCAAGACUCAUCUGUCCUUGAGUCAUGACCCCAAACUUAAAGGUCGACCACAAGGCUUCACACUCCCUAUUCGUACGAUCAAGAUGUCCGCUGGUGCUGGAUUCUUAUACCCGAUCGUCGGAGAUAUGCAAACCAUGCCUGGAUUGAGCACCCGACCAGGUUUCUUCGAGCAGGACAUCGACUUGGCUACCGGAAAGAUUAUCGGUCUCUCUUGA